AUGUUCAACCACCAACAACACCGCCCGUCCUACCCUCAGGACAUGGACAGCCAACUGCCCGCGUCAUCCCCCAUGGACACCGACUUCUCGGUGCCGCCGUCGCCCAUGGACUCGCUGUUCUCGGCCAGUGCAUCGUCGUCGUCGACGUCGUCCCCCAUGGACACGGACUUCUCCUUCGACUGCUCCCCGUCGGGCGCCGGCUCCUGCAACUCCUCCACGGCGCCGCCCCUGAGCCCAACGUCGACAUCCAUCUCCAUACCGUCACCGACCUCGGCCUGCUUCAUGGCCGCAACGCAGUCGCCCCAGCUCCCGCCGCCGCCGGGCCAGCUCGCGAGGCCCUCGGCCUCGUUCGGCGCGCACCGCGCUGCCAAGAUCAGCACCACCUCCGAAACCCAGUCCCAGCCGCAACCACAAGCGCAGCAGCAGCAGCAGCAGCAGCAACCGCGGCGGCGCGACCCGGCCUUCGCGCAGAAGCUGGCGCAGAUGGCGCUGCCGCUGGCGCCGCUGGUGCAGCUGACGACGGGGCAGGUGCACCCGGCGUUCCCGGGGACGCUGCUGGGGUUCUGGCUGCUGACGGAGGCGGAGCUGGAGGCGCUGGCGCACUUCUACCACCAGCGGACGCCGGGCCGGUGGACGGCGCACUACCCGUGCCCGGUGGCGUGGGACAGCGGGGCGGCGGUCGAGGAGAAGCGGCGGCGGCUGGGGCGGUUCAUCGGCUUGCGCGGCUGCGAGACGCCGGCGGCGCUGCGCGACGAGGACGAGCUGGGCGCCGAGGCGCGGCGCGCGCGCGAGCGCGACGUCGAGGACGAGGUCUGGCGGCGCAAGCUGCCGUGGUAUUAA